AGGUUGACUGGGAGGGAACCUCAGACAGGAUAGAAUAAAUUGAGCAAUCAGGACUCAGUAGAAUUCAGAACGCCUAGGCAUCGACGAACCCAUCAGAGACCAUUAGUUACCCUGUUGAAGGCAAAGAUGACCAGCAAACCAGCAAACCCAGGCUCAGAAGAAUCCGAGCUCCGCAUUUUGCUGCUGGGUAAGAAAAAAAGUGGGAAAAGUUCUGCUGGUAACACCAUCCUGGGAGAGAAGUGUUUCAGGACAGAAUCUACUAUUGCUUCUGGGACAAUAGAGUGUGAGCUGAAGACAAAAAGUCUCACAGUUGAUGGUAAAAAGCUGCAGGUGAAGGUUCUGGAUACUCCUGGUUUCAAGAACGGUGACAACUGUUUGGAAAAAAAGCUUCUGGAGGACAUCAAGAAGCUUUCUCCUGAGGACAAGGGUAGCGCUACCGGUCCUCAUGCAAUCAUCCUGGUGUUUGAGUCAAAAAUAGCAACAAUAGAAGAUCAUAAAGUGCUAAAAGCUUUAGAGGAGGGCUUUAAAAACGCUCGUUCUCACAUCAUAGUUGUCGUCACUAAGAAUGAUGGAGAUGUAAAGAACCCGAAGCUUUCUGGAAUUAAAAGGAUCCAUUUAUUCAGUAAGGAGCCUGUCCCUGGAGAGGGUGAAGCGCUGCUGAAAGAUGUCGCUGAGAUGGUGAAGGAAGGACACUAUCACAAUGAUUUGCUCACGAAAGCUUUAAAGACCACCUUUGAAGAGCUGUCAAAACCUGAUGCCAAAAAAAAGCCGUCUCUGGGAGAAAAGGUGGUAGAUUUGUUACUCAACAAAACCAUAGAUUUCCUAACAACGUGUGGUGGUGGGAAUGAUGAACAGGGUGAACUGGAAGCCGUUUAAAAUGAUCUGAAUGUUGAAGCUUUGACCUUCAUCCAACAUGUUAGUGAGAUGUUUGGGUGUCUGAGAUCCAGUUCCUGUUUCAGAACAUUUGUUUUCUAAGCUGGAGAUUCUUUAUAUGACUUUUUCUUUUUUAACUAGAAUUAUUUAUUUGCAAUCAGAAUGUUUGUAUAUUUUAAUCAGGUGUUAAAUGGUGGUGGUCUUACGGUGAAAAAUGUCUCACUGUUUAUUCUCUUUGCCUUUAUUCUACAUAUUAACAUGAAUAAAGCUCAGUCUGCCAUGUGUU